UUUUGUAGGGUAAUUUAUUACAUUGUAGCAAGCGAUGGCGGGCAGUUAGUAGGUUUUGUUUACAUUUGAGUUUUGUUUGCUUUAUGAAAAACCACAAUCUUACAAUUUCUACAAAUUGAAAAAGAAAACACUAUGCAAUACAAAAAAAAAAAACUUACCAGAACGCCAGCUAACUUUUCUUAAAUACCUUAACCAUGUUAUUUUCUUUUAGUGUCAAAAUCUGUCUAGCAAGAUAUAAUAUUGUGAAUAAAAUGUGCAAAAACUGGGAUUUACUUAGCCGACUGAACUUUUGUACUAGAUAUAUAGCUUGCAUUUUCUGGGCAUGCCUGAAUAUAGUCAUCGGAUUCUGUUUCAUUCCUUUUUUCGUGGAGUUCGUAAAGCAAAAAAAGCUUCCAGUUUCAGUUCUGGUUAUUGGUUGCAUAUGUGGAGCAAACUUUACAUUAUCUGGUUUUAUGCUCUUAAUUGGAGUUUUGAAGGGUGUCCGCUGUCUGGUUUGCUCAUCUAUAGUUUUCUGCGGCAUAGGUGUUUUCUUUGUCCACUGGCUAAUCCUUCCUUUGGCGCUUUAUAUUAUAUUCUCCUUUGUUGCGUUUACCUAUUAUCAAGUGGACUUGUCUCCGGAUGAUCGAUAUAGAGUAGCUAGAAGGUUUUCAUAAAUAAAAUAAAAUGUUAUUGUUCUGUGA